AUGGAAGUCUCCGCUGAGAUAUCCGAAUUAGAAAUAGCACCCGUUCCUUCGCCAAGGAUCGACGCAGGGGCGACAGUGUCGGGUGCACACGCUGCUGAAGAGAGUGAGGAUGAGCAUCUCCAAGCAAAUGCUGAGAAAGUGAUCAAGCAGAAAAAAACUGGCUCCGGAAACCUGGAGGCUAGCAGAAGAAGGAGAAGUGCCUGGGGGAAGAGGAAACAUGCAGCCACAGUGGAGUCCAUCGCAUAUAGAAUAGCAGGUUUGGGGCGACCCAUUGGCGACUGGAGAAAGCGUGGAAAAGGAGGGGAGGACAGCAACGCUCUUAUGGCUGCACUCAGGGAACUCCACGCUGAGAAGAAAAGGCUGAUGGAUCUCAGGAAAGCACGAGAGGAGGAUGAUGAUGAUGAUGAGGAGGAGGAGGACGAUGACGAUGAGGACGAUGACGAUGAAGACGACGAUGACGAUGAUGAUGAUGAUGAAGAGGAGGAGGAAGAAGAAGAAGAGGAGGAAGAAGAAGAAGAGGAAGAGGAGGAGGAGGAAGAAGAAGAAGAAGAAGCAGAGGAAGAAACGACUGAGUCGCCCAGCAAUCAAACAGAAACGGUUUCUAACUUUAUAGAGUUGCCUUUUUCUGAUUCUGAUUCUAUUAAGUGUCAGAGCACUGAGAGAGAAAUCAACUGCAGGGGCAUUGGCAUUACUCAUCUGCCAAGCUUCCAAAACCUUGAAGCCACGGAGGUGGAUUUAGCAGAGAACAACAUCAGGAUCAUCACGGCACAAGCUUUCUCGGGCCUCCUGAACCUGGACAUGCUGGACUUGAGUCAAAACAUACUGGAUGAUGAAUCGUUCAGCCAAAACCCACUUUCUAACUUGACCUCUCUGAGGAAGCUGAAUCUGGAUGACAACCACAUCACCGUGAUCCCGACGCUGCCUUCAUCUCUGGAGGAGCUGAAAAUCAAAAACAAUAAGCUGAGUGGACUCACACUGCACUGCUUCAAAGGUUUGAUGAAUCUCCUGAAGCUAGAGCUGGGAGGAAAUACUCUUCACAAAGCCAGUGUGUCCCCUCUAGCUUUUAGACCGCUACAGAGACUUCUUGACCUCCAGCUGAGUAACAAUCACUUCCGGUCGCUACCACUGAACCUUCCUCCCUCUCUUCAGACGCUGCAAAUGAAUGAAAAUCUAAUUGGGGAGCUGACAGAGGAAGCGCUGAGGGGCUGCAUUCAUUUGAGAGUGCUCGAACUCAGGCACAACCGUCUGCAUGAGCAAGGCAUCGCUACCCACGCAUGGACGCGUCUUAAGUCCUUGGAAGCCUUGGAUCUAUCUCACAACCUGUUCACUUCUGUUCCUCUAAAUCUGCCGCGCCCUCUUCGUAAUCUGACCCUCCAGCACAACAACAUCAGUCACAUCCCAGCCUUCACGUUCCGUCACCUGCGGCCUGGCCUGCGGUCCCUGUGUCUGUCUCACAAUGACCUGAGCAACGACGGUAUAGAACAGUUUUCUUUUGUUGGAUCUUACCGCUCGCUGAGUGAGCUCCUACUGGACAACAAUCGCCUUGAAGAGGUUCCUCGCUGCAUCAGACAGUUUAAAAACCUGCAGGUGCUGAGACUGAGCAACAAUCAGAUCAGGUUGGUGAGGCAGUGGGGCGUGUGCCACCCUCGCAAUUCGGGCUCCUUGGCUUCAGUCCACCUCGAAAAUAAUCUGCUGGAAGUCGAGAAGAUUCCCCCAAAUGCUUUCUCCUGUCUCACUGACCCUCAGGGACUUGUUCUAUAUCCACAGCAGUGGUCUGACUGAUAGGACAGACAGUGGGACAGACAUACGGGAACACAUUUUUUCUCUCACUUUUGCAUCACCCUAUAAUGAUACAGUGUUUGCAGAAAAAAUGUUUCACCAUGUAUUUUGCUUAGUAACCUGCAGCUUUCAUUAUAUCAUCUCUAAA